AUGGACUCGGAGCACUGGAUCUCGCGCCUGGCCGCCGCCAAGCGUUACUACGCGGCGCAGCUCGGCCACGUCGACGAUAUGCCCGGGAUGGGGACGGAGGAGGUGGAGGUGGAGAUGGACGACGACGGCGACAUGGAGAUGGAGAUGGAGAUGACGCUGGAGCUCGGGGACGCGACGUGGCCGGAGGUCGCCUGCCCCUACUGCUACGAGGACCAUGACGUCGCGUCCCUCUGCGUCCACCUCGAGGAGGACCACCCCUACGAGCCCCACGCAGCGCCUUGCCCCAUUUGCUCCCAAAGGAUUACAAGAGAUAUGCUUAACCAUAUCACCAUGCAACAUGGUUACUUGUUCAAGAAUGGUCACAGGUCUCACAGAUUUAUUAUUCCCGAGAGAGGUGCGAUUUCUUUAUUGAGCCGAGAUCUACGUGGUACUCAUUUACAGGCUCUUCUAGGGGGUGUUCAUGGCCACAGAUCAAAUAACGCAGUGACCACAAACAUUUCCAGUGAUCCUCUUCUUUCAUCGUUUGGCCUGAACUUCCCAACAUCAGAUGCACCAGAACCAUCAAAAUCAGCAUUUUCUAUUCCAGAUGGUGCCUCAAUACGUAAGGAGACACCAGUUCAGCCUUGGGAAUCAAGUAUUGAUUCAUCUCUCACAAGCGAGGAAAGGGAGCAAAAGCGGAAACAAGCGACUGACAGGGCAACCUUUGUGCAAGGCCUAGUGCUGUCUACUCUAUUCGGAGAUUGA